AUGAGCUCAGAGGAGAUCGAAAAAGCCCUUGGCUUUAGUUCUUUUACGAGCAAUAAACAUGCUCGAAAGUUCGAAUUCAUGGAACUUUUUAACGAAGCUAAAAAUAUAGCUAAAGAGAGAAACGAGGAAGGUAAUAAAAAACUGGCCGGUAAAUCAGUAUCUUUGGUUUUUCAAUUUUUUGUAGCAUUAGAGGCCAAGUUGGCAGAGGAGUCUGAAAAUGAAUCAACAGCUCCUAAGAGCGAUGUCUCGGACGCCGAUUCGGAUGUCGAUGGUGGAGAAAUGCCUGGUCCAAAGGACUCCAAAGAAACAGAGCCUGACGAUCCGUACUUCGUUCCCAUGACUGAUGUUUUGCUUUUGAAGCACGGCCCAAAACCACUGACAGCUGUUGCUGUCGAUCCUUCUGGCUCCCGUGUUGCAACUGGGGGGUUUGAAUUUGAAGUUAAACUUUGGGAUUUCUCUGGCAUGGAUAAGAGUUGUCGGGCUUUUAAGUGCUUUCAACCCUUCGAAGACAACCAGAUUAAAGAUCUCGAAUUCAGCCCCUCUGGUAAGAAGAAUCCAUGGACAGCAUCGUUUACAAACUUUUGUUAUUAACUCGGUUUGUCGGAAAAGUAAUAACUCCGAAUAGCCGUUUGUCCCGUAAAUAUCAUUUGAGACCAGUAAAAUUUUUGAGUACGGCUUACAGAUGAUACUUUUUCUGUUCGACGAAAGUUUUCCAAACACUAACUCGUUCUUAUUUGGCGUGUGUGUGCGCACUAGGUGAAAGCCUUCUGAUUGUCUCGGCUUCCCCACAAGCCAAAAUCAUGACGCGUGACGGCGAAUUUCUCUGUGAAACCAUACGUGGCUACCAGUAUAUCACCGAUCCGGCAAGUGCGAAGGGCCAUACACACAGCCUUAAAGGGGGCACCUGGCACCCCAUUGACGGGCGGAAGUUUCUUACUUGGUCGCAUGACACCACAAUACGCACAUGGAUAAUUGAUGACGCAGAAACAAUUGUUAACGACACACGUAUCCCUAAAUACCAUGAAAUUCUCCGACCGAAAACUGCCCAGGGCCGAAAAGUCAUUCCAACGGCCUGUGCUUACUCAAGGUAUAGCAGUUUUUGCUUGUUAUUAUUCAACUGUUCAUUUUUGUCAGUCUCUUCCUUUCUAUCGCGACACUACCCGCUUUAUUAACCCCCAUAUCAUUUGCGCUUUAUCACUAAAUAACUUUUUACUUUCAUACUGCGCCUAUUAUUUGUAUAUUGAUAGAAAAAGAUGUUGCCAAACAAACUUUAACGUCCAUGCUAAGUACCCUGCUCAUAAUCGACUCAUGAUUAUGUUAUUUGAAGUGAGACUAACAGGACGGCGCGCGUGAAAAGUAGACGUUUUCCUUUAUUCAGAAGAUGAGUUGGCGAGCCUGCGUUGCUUUCGGUAAAUUUACUUGAGGCGAGUACAAAAACAACAACAGGGUUCAGUCAAACACAUCAGUGAUUAUGAAAUCGGUAAAGCUUAGUUUUAAAACACAGACGGGAGGAGAACGGAAGGGCGCGGGAAGCUGCACGUUGUUAGUCAACCUUUGACCACGGUAAGCGCGGUCCCUGAACGAGGUUCUUAUGACCGCAUAGGGUCGGUUUUCGUAACUCGUAGUCUGAUUGCGGCCGCUUCUGUUGUUACCAACAGACGUUGACCCAAUAGCUUAGGGUAGCUCGAGGGAAACGCUUCGCUGGGGUCCAAACAAUGCCCUGAAUCAACUGCAUGCAUAAGAAUGGCGCUGCUUAUGCUCCUAAUUUGCAUUUUGCCAGCCAUGCCGGGAGGUAUUCCUGUAUUAUUUUAGAUAGACGCCGACUCGUACGACUAGUAUAACCUGCUCCGCAGGAGCUCGUGAAGGAAUAGGUGCACAAUGAGGUAGUGUGAAGUGGCAACUUAUCCUUACCUUCUCCCUGUAAAAUAGGGUUAUUAGAGAAUGAUAUUCGAAUCCUUGCUGCUGGGAAGGUUCGCGAGACAGCUUGGUCAAGGCGUCUCCGUAGGAGUUCACUGGCAGCGUCUCCUUAAAAGGGGGCUUUGAGGAACAGUUUUCUUUUCGGCAGUCGGUGUGGUGGGUUUUACCCGUCGUUCGGUAAUGUUCUUUACGAUAAAUUUGUCAGGAUACUCGUUUUCACGAAGCAAGUCCGGGAUUUUUCUAAGCCCCUCCUCCAUGCUAUCUGUUGAGAAAAUUUUCCUAGGUCUGCACCAAACACCGGGCUAGAUUACGUUUUUGUUGGACGGGUACGAAACUGGCGAAGUUCGUGCAUUGUCUAGACCAGGUUUUCAUCCGAUACAUGCUUCUUCAGACGUUGCCGUCAGGUCUCCUUUGUAGAAGAACAUCCAAGAAAGGGAGCAAACCGGCCGUUCCCAUCUCCAACGUGAAUUUUGUCCACGGAUGCGCCUGAUUUACAGCAUUUAGAGGGUAGCUACAUCAGUUUCCGCGGUGGAAAUUGCAAAGAUAUCAUCAACAUAGCUAUCGUAAUGUUUAAGCUUGUCGAUCUGAUUGCUUAGUUGAAAUCUCCAGCCCAUAGUAACGCCGUCUAUUUGUCUAUGGAGUUGGUUGUCAUAAAGGAACUGUACAUUUAAUGUGCAACUUAGUAAUAAUUACUUGAGUUGUCCGUCGGAAUUCCUAUUUCCUUCUGAUUGAUUGAUAGAAAUUCACAGGUGUAUUCAACCGUCUCGGUGACCAGGACGUUUGUGAAAAGUAAUACAGCGUUUAGCUAGAAUGUCACCAUGCCGUUAGAACUAGGGUCUUUGAUGUCGUCAAUCAAUUCGGAGAUAUCUCGAUAGCUGUGUGGUGCUAGCUGAUGCUGUAAGGGCUUGAGUUUCUCUGCUAGUCACCUUACUAACGCAUGAUAGGCAGAGUUUGGCAUGUCUAAAAUCGGACAAACUGGCAGGUCUUCCUUAUGGGUCUUAGGUAGACCAUAUAGUCGAAGGAUAUGUAUGCCGACUGGCCGGAGGUGUUCGAGGUCACGGCCACUUAUGUAACCCCCUGUUUGGAGCCCAAUUAGACAGUCAGUCAGUUUUACCUCUGCCUCCUCCGUGCCCUCAUUUUCUUUGUUAAGCUUCCUCAAUUUCUUCUGGUCUCACAAUAUGGACUGUAUAUUCGUUAAGUAGUCCGAUCUGUUCAUUAUAAUGACGCCUGUUCCUUUGCCCCGUAUAGUUACCAAGAUUUAUUUGUUCUCCUGAAGUUUUUUUAACUUUUCCACGUGUGCUUUUGUCAGCAAUUCUUGGACUUUUUGACUCCCUGUUCAGGUACUGAUAACUGAAAUUCACCAGUGUUUCUUUAAAGUGUUGGAUACUGUCUGCGGAAGCGGGCACCGGAUAGUAGGUUUGGUUCCAUAGGUUCUCGAAAUGAGUUUCCAAUUCUAACUGAUUAACUUUUCGUCGAGGUAUGCAUAACUUAGGACCAAGGGAUAAUGCUUCAAGUGAUGUUUUAUCAAGUGUUAUAUCGGAGUGGUUAUGUACGUACCGAUAUGGAUCUUUCGGAAACCGUGAUUGUGGAUUCAUUUCAUGCGCACUUUUAAGAAGUGCAGAACUUGUUGCCUCUCCACGUUCUCUUCCUAUGGACUGAGUGUAGCUGUCGAAUUCUUGUCUUCCGUCAUCUGUUAGAGUGUCAAGGGCGACUGUGCGUCGACACACGUGACGCUCAAGUUCUUCUGUCUUUACGAAGGUACUUUCCAGUUGAUUCUCAGCGUAACUUUUCAGAGUUUCUGUGGUAAGAACUGUACGACUACGCUGCAGCACUCCAGUACUGGUUUGGAUACUCAUUUCUCCGGAUACAGUCCCCGAUAAAUUUGACCGUUACAUUCGCCUCCACAAGCUUGGUGUUGAAAUGUAGGUACCCAUUGAGUGCCUUCAACACCAUGGGAUCUUUGACUGUUUUAGAGUUGCGAAAGUUCCCAUGGCAGUAUUCAGAAAAUGGCUUUCCCCACCCUUACUAAAUUGCGAAAUUACGAAGCACCUUACUACACUUCUCUCAAAAUAACCUUAUUUGAGCGUCUCUGAAGACUUUGCAUGCCUGUUUCCACGACCAUGGGGCAUGAAAUAGAAGGUAUGACUUUGUGACCCUUUCUUUUCGGGGUCUACCAUUCGAAUCUAGAAUAUGGUGAACACAGUAACUGAGGAAAGCGACCCGCUUACCCAACGGGAGCCGUAGCCUCCUUUAAAAAAGGCCAAGUAACCGCAGGAAAAGUAAAAAUGACCAUAACUAAGAUUGAAGAUUCUAUCGCUUAAAAGAACCUUCGAACAACAGAGUGCCUGUUAUAUUUGAUGUCUAUGUGCUGUCCCUGCUUCAUGAGUUAAAGAAGCCUCUCCGCUGACGGAAGUCACCAAAGAAAGAAAUAUACUAGGGCUCCAAGACCAGAUGGAUCGCACCUUAACCUUCACAACAGAAGCGGGCAUGCACUGAGGCAUGCCAAAGCAUUAUGCUUGUCACAUUUUGCUUCUGGGUAGCCACCGAUGACUCUAGUAAACAACUCGAUUAUCAUACAGGCACUGUUCUAUCUAGACUACUCCAUGCCAUGAAAAAACUUAUCGGAAGUAGACAACAUUAAAGCCGUGCGUGGUUGUAUCUAUCGGGCCGUCAAUUGUCGUAUUAGAAUGCUUUCGCCCCCUAACAGUCCCAGAUCGUCGUUGCCGCCUUUGGUCUGAUUGGCUUUGGAGUCGGGCACCUGACUUAGUUCUUGGAGUUACCCCGUUCUCCAAGGAGCUGUCCGCAGAAUGAAUGCCAACGGACAUAUCUAUGCACUGACUAUUCGAAUGUAAUUACUAAGCCUUUGUUACUGAGUUCACCACCAACUGUUUCUCAUCAAGACUACUGAAACCUGUAGUUUCCGUAGGGCGGCAAACCUGAAUGUUUAAAGACGCCAUAGACAUAUUGCCACAUCUGCCUUUGCAGACGUGCUAACCUUGUUGGAUGCUUGACUGAUAUAACCAUCUUUCUCAAUGACCCGGCUUGGAUGCUGUCGAGAGCUGUUAACGACGGCUGCUAGUGGAGAAAAUACCAUCCCUUCCAAUUCGAAUGCGAAGUGGGAUCAGCAAUUUAAGGGCUAACUGGGCUUCGUAAGUUUAUACUCCUAUCACCAAUUCGUUAUCUGCCGGAUGGCCAAGAUAUGCGUUUACAGUGCCCACGUUCACUCAGUAAUGCUUUGCGGAUGUUCACCUUCUUCCACAGAGAUGAGAGUUCACCAGACUUGCUCUUUCUGAUCACUAGUGUUCGAAGAGCGCUGGGGUAUGUAAGCUCGUGCCGUCUUAUCGGGAAUACAGAAGCCGAUCCUGACAAGUAGCACGGGUGGCCAUUUAUGAAAUAGGACAGAUCAUUCCUUCUCAGGUACUCCGUUACUGGUGCUUAUCUAGUGACAGCACCCAAGGCCUUGUUCACUGAGAAUGACAUGGACAGAAAGGAGGUCGUGUGGCAGGGCAGGGAUUCCACAAACUAAAUUCUUAAUUUGAUUGCUUAGACUGGGCAUGCUCCUUCUUCCUGGGAGGUUAUGACUCACCACAUCCGUGACCGCAGGCAGUUUCAUCGAUGGCACCACAUCGAAUCUAGCUACAGUGCGCACACCUAUUGUCUACUUCCGUGGACUCACAUGACAGUUCGACCGUCUCAUUACAGUCGCCAGUCAGUCCCGCACUCAGUCGAAUUACCACUCGAGAGUAUUCCUUCUUAAGGUCCGUGCGUCACAUAACCAAACCAUUUCGGUUAGCGAAUAAGGAAGCCAUAGUUGUCGGAUUGUGUCCAUAGCCACAUUCGUUGACACACCCUAUGAGAGAGACAAAUCCUUUGUUCAAGUGCGAUAUAUCGUACAGUCAUCAAAUAUCCUCUCGAUACACAGGCCAGGUUCUAAGUCAUAUAGAUGAACUGAAUGAAAUUAAUUCUCCUAUACUUACAAUCUUGUUUUCUGAUUGGUCCUCCGUCUAUUCCGGAGGUUUUGACGAAGCCGAACGAGUACUGCACUUGUCUCUUUGAACCGGUUGUCAAUUCCUUCUGUACCUUGUCCUUUUGACAUAGAUGUUGGCUUACGUUGACAGCAGCCGUCCGCUGGCCCAGACUUUUCACCGUCUACAAUGACCGGAUAGUUAUCUCCGGCUCGUGACACCGCACACUACCAUUCUGCGAGGGAACUCACGAGUACUGCACUUCGUUUGGCCUAUUCGGCAUUAAUGGUACUUGGGCCGCGGUUUGCCGGAGCGCCGGAUGGUCCUCCAGCACUUCUUGUAGAAUAGACUUGUCACGCAAUUCGAAGGAGUUCAUGAGACGAAACAGUCCUGUUGGAAGCCGGGAGCAACUUCAACGAAGUCACUCGUCAUUCUCACAGACUUUGGUUCUUGAGAUUGCCAACUUAGGGUCAAUCAGGACCAAGUUAUCAAGAUUAUUUGUCUUCUGAAGAUCUCUAUAAUGGCAGCGUCCGAUAUAUGUGGCUGUGAUCCUCAUUUUCAAAAUAUUGGCGAGACAACCGCCUACUGGGUCAUAUAAUACUGUCUAAUAACAUGUUGAAAAUUUCCGGUCGAAGUUAGUCGACUGCAGUCGCGGUUAUACCUGGACUUGCUCUACCAGGCAGCGAUAAUAAGAAGAGAUUAUUUAGUGACGGUUAAUGACCACCGUCCGACUCCAUGGGGUUUAAUAUGACGAAAUUGCCAGACUGCUACUUAGCUCAUUUAACUCCUACUGCCGCUACCAGUUUGCAACUGUUAUUCGUUAGACGUAAGUCAGUUUUUCUGUAGCCAGGUCUCCCUGUCCAACUGUUGAUGUGCCAACAGUUAAUGCCGGCUGGCUCGUCUCGCCUUCCUGUCCGUCUGCGCAUGCUUCCUUUUGAACUUGCCCCAGUCUUCUUGAGUUUCUUUCACUUCUAGCAAAGAACCGCUUGAAUUGCCCCUCGAGGGCUUUUUUAGCUUCAAAGAGGGCAAUCAGCCUGAGCCGACUACGCGUUUUUUUUACUGCAACACGGUAUACUAAUAGCUUCUUAUUGACCGCAGUCAAGGUCACGUGGUCCUUAAGCUAACAAGUUGAUAAUCUUUUUAGCCCGCGACUCUUCUUUAUUUUCAGCGUCCACACGUUAAGGUUGAAUGCUCUUAUUAAAGUUUUAAUCUAUUUGAGUUAAAUUAGUACCAAAGACUUACCCUGAAUUCAAUCUUGUACGGGCUAGCUUUCGUAGUGCCAGGUCCCUUCUGCACCCCCGUUUUCUAUAUUCUUUAUUUCAAAACCCAUAGAACCUGAUUCCAUAGAGAUUUUCACUCCUUGCAUCUGAAAAAAACCAAUUCAACCCUAUCAAUAAAUUAUACUUGAUUGCUUAGGGAUGGUUUUCUCGUCGCCGCCGGCUGUCAAGAUGGUUCACUACAGGUCUGGGAUACCCGCAAGCCUCUGGUGAAUACGGCUCACCUUCUUCGAGGUGCACAUCCGCCUGGAACCGAAACAACUAGUGUCUGUUGGUCGUGGGACGCCCGCUCUAUGGCCACACGUGCCACCGACGAUACUCUCCGUCUCUGGGACAUUCGGAAUAUGCGUGAUGGCGCUGUACAUACUGUGCGGGACCUACCGGUAUUAUUUGAUCAGACCGCAGUCUGCUUCAGUCCCAACGAUACUCUGCUUGUGGCUGCAGUGUCGGCUGGUAAGGGAGAUCCCAGCAGCGGGCAGGUUAUAGUAUACCGACGAGAUACAUUUGAGGUAACAGCCUUGAUGACUUGUUAGACCCUCUUCUCUCUCUCCUCGCCUUUCGGUUGGUCGAGUGACCAAAUACUACUGUUCCCACUACUACUACUACUACUACUACUACUACUACUACUACUACUACUGCUACUGCUACUACUACUACUACUACUGCUACUGCUACUACUACUACUACUACUACUACUACUACUACUACUACUACUACUACUACUACAACACCACUGCUGCUAUCAGUCUGCCGUCUUUCCUUUUUUUGAAAAAUAGCCGGUAGUAAAACACUCUCCCGGACAAGGCAGCGCCAUUCGCGUCCUCUGGCAUCCCCGUAUCAAUCAGAUUGUGGCUACUUUCUCCAGCGGUCUUGCCACCGUGCACUUUGAUCCAACUCACAGCCGCAAUGGCGCUCUUAUGUGCGCUUAUAGACAGGCAUCUGAUGCCAGCCGCCGGCGACGCCAGGGCCACGGUUCUUCAGACGCCUUUAUCAAGCCCGUUUUGCUUACCUUCGAUGAAGAGUCCGUACGAAUUGCCCGAAAGAUGCGUAAACGUUUCGGAAAUCUCGAGGACGAGACUCAGCUAGCUGUUGCCGCCGUAAUCACUGCCAGUGAAAGGGACCAGGUGGCUGCAAAUGAGGCUGCCAAUAAGGCUGCCAAAAAGAGAGCACCACCGGCGGGUGAGGAUGUUGGCCAACGCGUGGGCAGCCUUCACCGAUACAUGGUACAGCAGAUCGUCCUAAAGAAGAACGAGGCUGAUGAACGGGCUGAGCGUGAUAUCCGUGGGGCCAUCCUGCGUCAUGCUGAAGCUGCGAAGGAGAAGCCCUUCUGGACGAAGGCUUACUUAAAGUACGCGCAGUGUCUGGUUUGAGUUAGUUUCCUCUGGUUUAAAAUGGUGAUUCAUGUGCGCAAACAACUGACAUUUGACUUCUUAAUCUAAAGCGAUUAAGUUCCAUGCAUCAGUAGGGCAACUUUAUUUACCUUAAAGGCUACCUCUUGCUGUUGUUCUCGCCCCAUGCAUCAGUCCGGAUUAGAAACCCGGAAACGAAAAUAAGCGUCACACGCUGGGAGUGCCAUAUUUUUACUUUGGUGCGGUGUCUUUAUUACACCUUCCUUUUUUCAUUGGUUAUUUGUAUGUCUAUGUCUUCUUAGGACUCAACCGAAUCCAAUCUUCCAGAAGGAGAAGCAGGAAGACGAGGGUCCGUCAGGAUCAAAGAAACCCAGGCCGCCACCUAUUUAA